AGUCGAAAAUUUUGCUGUGUUGAAACUCUGACUCACUGACUCCCAACAAACAUUUUAUGCGAGAAUGUCCGUCGUGAGGAUCGCAAGUGUAAUUGUGUUAGUUCUAUUCGUUUUUACUUUCAGAGGCGCAGCGCGGAAAUGCUCAAUCAGUCUGAAACCGUGGAGGGUGUAUGAAGAUCAAAGGUGCACGGCUCACUGCAAUCGGAAGUACGGAGAGGUGGAAAUAGCGAUAAAACACUUUGUGCCGGUGACAAGAGGCAAAUGCAUUCUCUCCGUUUGUUGGUGUCUUGUUAACAAGCUUGUCAAACUCAGCCGCGCGGAGCGAAUAAAACUUAUGGGCAGCACGGCUGGUGGCUUCAAGAAGUGGUACUUGAAAAAAGUCACCAAAAGGAGGGAGGAUGCCCUAAAACAAGUGACUCAUUCACCUCGUCGUUCUCAAAGUACUCGUUCAUCAGUUUCCGACGAGGACGGAAGGGUGGCGCAACAGGCCGAGGUUGAGGAGGCUACGCGAGCGGUCACCUACGUGAAGGGGAGUCAAGAGAACGCAACCAAAGAAAAAGAAACCCAAAAGGAAGACACCAAAGAGGAGGACUCCAAGGAGUCAACGACAUCCUCGGCAUCUUCUUCUUCCUUGGCGUCUGAUUUAAGCAGGGUUCCAUCCACGGCCGGAUCGUAUCAGAGUAAGGCGGCCACCUCCCAAUCCGGACACAAGAAAUCUCUUGCACCAAGUCCAUCCCCUCCAAAAAAUCAGCGACAAAAUCAAGAGGACACGUUGAGCCAAACAAGCGAUGCCACUCACCGUACUCUCCCUGUUUUAGGAGAAGUAGACAAAGGUACCAAAUGCUGCUUCAGCAUCAAUGAUAUCAAAAAUAUGUCUGGUGAUCCCAGGAUUUCGGUUGUUUUGUCUUCGUAG